UGUGCAGGAAGCAGCAAGCAUAGGAAUCUUGCUCAAGAGAUACUGAAAUUAGGACAUGCAAGAAUUUCUGCUCAGGUCUUCACAUUUUAUGAUUUGGCUGCUGCAACUGACAACUUCAAUCCCGAUUGUCUGGUCGGCGAAGGUGGAUUCGGGAGGGUGUACAAAGGAUACAUAGGGAACACUGAUCAGGUUGUGGCUGUUAAGCAACUUGACAGGAAAGGAUUGCAAGGAAGUAGAGAAUUCUUUGCAGAGGUUCUGAUGUUAAGUCUGGUUGAACACCCAAAUCUUGUUGAUUUGAUUGGCUAUUGUGCAGAUGGUGAUCAAAGAAUUUUAGUUUAUGAAUUCAUGGCCAAUGGAUCUUUGGAAAAUCAUCUUCUAGAAUUACCUCCAGGUAGGAAGCCUCUGGAUUGGUAUACCAGGAUGAAAAUAGCUGCAGGAGCAGCUAAAGGACUAGAAUACUUGCAUGACUUUGCCAAACCGCCAGUGAUUUAUCGUGAUUUUAAAGCAUCUAACAUAUUAUUAGAUGAGGAACUCUUUCCAAAGCUCUCUGAUUUCGGACUCGCUAAGAUAGGUCCAACAGGAGGCAAGGACCAUGUGUCUACAAGGGUGAUGGGAACCUAUGGCUAUUGUGCACCAGAGUAUGCUUCAACAGGACAACUGACAACAAAGUCUGAUGUGUAUAGUUUUGGUGUUGUGUUUCUGGAAUUAAUCACAGGUAGGAGAGCUAUUGAUUCAGCAAGAAUGACUGAGGAGCAGAACCUAAUUACUUGGGCACAGCCGCUUUUUAGGGACAGAAAGAAGUUUACAUUAAUGGCUGACCCUUUGCUAAAAGGAAAUUACCCUGUAAAGGGUCUUUAUCAAGCUCUUGCAGUUGCUGCAAUGUGUCUUCAAGAGGAAGCUGACACCCGACCUUUGAUGGGUGAUGUUGUAACUGCUAUUGAGCAUCUGGCAAUGCCAAGAGACGAUGAGAAAAUUGCUUCAGAUUUAUCAAAAUGCAGUGGUGCACAUGCUGAAUCUGUGAGAGAAGAAAGUGGCAAUAGAGAGAGAGAGCUGUAGCAUCAAAGGGACUGAAGCUCUUGCAACUAACUGCAAUGUGGAAAACAAACCCAUGGUCUAGAAUUUGAUAUAUAAAGAUAUAAGCUCCUCUGUCACAGUCCAACAAUAUGCAAGUUGUUCAAAGUGUAAGGCCUGCUACUACGAAUGUCACCCUGUAGCUGUAUCUAAUUUAGCAGUUCAAUUGAUGAAGUAGACGUCAUAAGUUCAAAUCUUAUCAUAUAAAAAAAAAAAAAAAAUCAUAAAUCCUAUCAUUAUUUAAAAAAAAAAAAAAAGACGGAAC